AUGGAAGCUCAAAAGCAAGCCAAUGUUGUGCUUGAGAGUAUACCUCCAUUAAAAGCUCAAGAUUCUUUAGAAACCGAUCAAGGCACUAAUGAUACUAGGGCUAUUGAACAUGCUAUUACAUCUGCUAAAGCAAAACCUACUGAAAAAAAUUUACCAUCACAAAAGUCACCCCCUGGUACAUACAGUUCAUCUACCAAAGUAGGUUGGAAUGCCUUCUCUCAAGCUCCUAACCCUGGUGAUGAAAAUGCUAUGAAGGAACUUGGCUCAAAAUUAGGUUUAGAUGCACUUAUUGAUAUGUACAAGGGCGUGCGUCCUACGACUAAAGAGCAAGAAGAGGAUAUUGUUUCUCAUUUUUUAAAUGAAGCAUAUUAUGGAGAGUGGUACCAUAAUGCAGCUGUCAUGUUAUUUACAGUUGUAUUCACAUGGUUGCUGACAAAAUUAGGUGGCGGGUUGAUGGCUUGUAUCGUGAUAGGGGCAUUUUUGGCUACUUAUUAUCAAACAUCUAUUCGCCGUUUAAGAAGAAAUAUUCGAGAUGAUAUUCAAAGAGAAUUAUCUAUUAACAGAUUAGAGACUGAAUCUGAAUCAGCCGAUUGGAUUAAUCAUUUCCUUUCACGAUUUUGGCUCAUUUAUGAACCUGUCUUGUCAGCUCAAAUUAUUGACAUUGCUGAUUCUAUCCUUGUAAAUAAUACACCUGCUUUUUUGGAUUCUAUUCGUCUAACUUCAUUUACAUUGGGAACUAAGGCUCCUCGAAUUGAAAGUAUCAAGACACUUACUAAAACUGAGCCUAACAUUGUAUGUAUGGAUUGGAAAUUUUCUUUUAUUCCAAAUGACACACUUGAUCUUUCAGAACGUGAUCUUCUUUCAAAAGUAAAUCCUAAGAUUGUCUUGACAAUUCGUGUUGGUAAAGGUAUGAUUGGUGCUGGUAUACCUAUUCUCUUGGAAGAUAUUGCCUUUUCUGGUCAUCUAAGACUUAAGUUUAGAAUGUUUAAUGAAUUCCCUCAUAUUAAAACUGUUGAAGCUUCCUUUUUGGAAAAGCCUCAUUUUGAUUAUGUACUUAAGCCUGUUGGAGGUGAAAUGUUUGGUUUUGAUAUUAACAAUAUUCCUGGCCUUGAAUCGUUUGUUCAAGAACAAGUUCACGCUACUCUUGGACCAAUGAUGUAUGCACCUAAUGUAUUUACUUUAGAUGUCGCUGGUAUGAUGUCAGGUGCUGCUGAUUUAAAUUCAGCUAAUGGUGUUUUGGUUAUCAAGAUUCACUCGGCAUCUGGUUUAAAAGACAUUGAUCUUUUUGGAACUGUAGAUCCUUACAUUACAGUUCACCUCGGUAGCCCUAAUAACGCCGAAGUAGGUCGUACAAAAUGUAUUGAAGAUAAUCGUAAUCCCAAAUUCGAGGAAAUUCUUUUUGUUUUACUUAAUUCGGUUAUGAAUGAAACUUUAAUAUUGGAAGUAAUGGAUCGCAACACAGGUCGAAGUGAUUCUUCAAUUGGUACAUGUACUUUUGAUCUUAAAACACUUUCUGAAUCUGAUAAUCUUGUUGAAGGCUUAUCACUUUCUAUUUUAAAAAAGGGGAAACCUACAGGUGAAGUUAAAUGUGACUUCCAUUAUUUCCCUGUAAAUAGCUCUGAUAAGCAAGAAGAUGGUACCAUUAUUCCUCCUGAAGAAUCUAAUAGUGGUAUUUUACGCUUUACAGUUCAUGAAUGUAAACAAUUAGGCAAACAAAAAAGUGGUAGUAGUGGAAUUAGUAUCCCAGUCAUAGGCUCUAAAAAUGAUAUCAGCCCCUAUGCCAUUAUCAAAGUCAAUGACAUUGAAAGACUUCGUACUAAUCCCUUCAAACGUAGUAUCAAUCCUCGUUGGGAUAGAUCCAUUGAACUCUUCAUUACUGAUAAAACCAAAACCCAGCUACGAGUUAAUGUUCUGGAUGAUGGAUCUGAUGACAAACUCUUGGGAUAUUGGGAUUCUAAACUUGAAGAAUUUGAAGAGGAUGCCUAUAUCAACAAUCAAGAUUGGUGGGCUCUUAAGGGAAGUGGAUCUGGAAAAAUACAUCUUAGUAUGCAAUGGAAACCUGUUACGAUGACAGGAUUUACAGAAAGUAUGUCGCGUGGCUAUCAUUCUCCUAUUGGUGUUGUUCGUAUUAACUUUGUGGGUGCUAACGAUCUUAAGAAUGUGGAAGCUAUAACAGGCGGUAAAUCUGAUCCUUACGUACGUGUCAUGUCAGGUGUUCAGAAUCGUGGCCAGACGGAGCAUAUUGAUGAUGAGUUAAAUCCGGUGUGGGAUCAAGUAUUUUACAUUCCUGUUCAUUCAAAGCGUGAAGACUUAAUUUUAGAAGUUAUGGAUUAUAAUUCCAACUCCAAGGACAAGAGUUUAGGCAUCACCGAUUUAUUUUUGAAGGAUAUUAUGAAAGAGGUCAAGACAGAAGAUGGUCAUGUCUAUUUUGAGUCGAAGGCAUUGGAGCCUAUUAAACACGUUGCUAAUUUGACAAGCCGCGAUCGUAAAAAAGGACGUGGUAUACUCACAUAUACUGUUGCAUUUUAUCCUACAUUAGCAUUGCCUAAAGAGGAAGAUCAUAAAAAGAAGACCAUGGAACAAGAGGAAGAGGAGGAGGAGGAGGGAUCUGGAAACAGUCAAGUUUCUGAAGAGCCUGAGUUUAUUGAAAAACCAAGAGAGCUGCCUGAACAUGAGCUUCAUGGCGAACCUAUUAAAUACAAGGUUAUUUCAAAUGACAAGAAACUUAUCGAUUUAUCCGCCUACGAGUCUGGUGUUUUAGCAGUCAAGAUACACUCAGUCACGCUUAGUGAGUCCCAGAAUGCGAUUAUUGAUCUUAUGUUAGACUCAAAUGAUCCUCAAUUUUCUACUAUUGAGCAAAAAGGAUCUUAUCUUGAAGUCAAUGAGACCGGUACGGUAUUUGUGAAGGAGUUAGAAUUUUCCAAGCUGAUAGUUAGGGUCAGAAAUGCUCGUAACGCAGAUAAGGAUGAAGAUUCAUAUGGUCGCUGCAUUAUGGAAGUAAGGCGUAUUGUCGAACGAUUACUUAAAGCAGCAGAAGAUGAGUCCAUUACAGAACCUGUAAUUGAAGAGAUUCCAUUGUUGGAUUCCUCAGGAGGCAAAAUACGCCUCAGCUUCAACUUUAUUCCUCUUAUUCAAUUCAAACUAGACCCCGCUGAAAGUUUAGAAAACCAAGGAAAUUUAACAAUAUCAGUAGUAAAAGCAGUUAAUUUAAUUAGUGCGGAUCGUAAUGGCACUAGUGAUCCUUUCAUUCGUUUCUAUAUCGAUGAUCAACGCAUCUAUAAAACACAAACGUAUAAGAAGACAUUAAACCCUGUCUUUAAUAAGGAUGAAACUUUUACUAUACCCAUUGUGAAUCGUAUCUAUACUCCAAUUAUUGCCAAAAUAUUUGAUUGGGAUCAAAUUGGUAAAGAUACAUUGAUAGGUGAAUGCAAGAUUACGUUUACAAAUGAAGAUAUUGAGACCUUUGUCACGACUACAAAAGAAUAUAAGAUUGAUCAAGGGGGUACACUUAUACUCCGUUUAACUUGGAGACCUGAAUUGGUAGCCCGCAAGCGUACAAACACUUCUUUGUUUACUGCUACUACUCGUGUCUUCACACAAGCUCCUGGAAGCGCCUUUGGUGCUGGUAAAGAAGUAGUAGGUGUAGGAGGAAAGGCUUUAGGAGCUGGUUCUAAAGUUUUUGGUACUGGUGUAUCUGCUAUAGGAAGUGGAUUUCGUAAUAUAGGAAAACUUGGUAAACGGUCUUCUGGUGCAUCACUUGAAGAAAUUCCUAGAGCUCCUUCAAUGGAUCGCGAAGUUUCAUCACCUGGUACUAUCGCUGAUAAUAGUUCUAUUGUAAUGCCAAAUUCUCCUAGUAACUCUUCUAUACUUUCAAAGCAGCCUACCACAAACCGAUCUACUAGUGAAGAAGGGUUAGGUAGCUCUACUGCAGUCCAAAUUACAUUAAUUGAAGCUCGAAAUUUGAAAGCAAUGGACCGUGGGGGUACGAGCGAUCCUUAUUGUCGUGUUCGUGUGGGUAACAAAGUUAUACAUAAGACACGUCAUAUUAAGAAGACAUUAACUCCUGAUUGGAAUGAGACUUUUACGACUCGAGUGUCAGGUGGUAGUAUGCUAGAUUUUAAAGUUAAAGAUCAUAACAAACUCAAUGAUGUUGAUAUUGGUAGUUAUCAACUCAACAUAGGUCAGUAUAUAAAGCCUGGACAAGCACCAUUUGAUGGAUGGUUACCCUUAUCACCUGAGGGUAAUGGAGAAAUCCAUGUAAAAAUUGCUAUUAUUGAUAAUGAUAAUGUUACUACUAAGACUGGAGGAUUGUUUAGUAGGAAAUAA